GCCAUGUACAUGCGUUGUUGGCCCAAAGCCCCAAACCGUUCUUCCUCUUCUAAAACUCUCUCUCUCCAAAACCCUAGAGCUCGGAAGAGCUCAUCAGUGACACCUCGAGCCUUUCUCCGCCGUCGCAAGCACCGGAGCCCGUCACCCUAGUCAUUCCGCCGUUGCGAGACGAUUUCAAGCCAAGCUGCUUCCAUGGAGGAGAUCUCUGAAGAGAUAGACAUUAAAGUAAAGAAGUAUCUGAGGGGGGAAGGUGCUAAUUUGGAGGUAUUGCAAGAUAAAAAAUUGAAGGGACAACUUGCAGUUAGAGAAGAAUUGUAUGGAAAAUCUGCAAAAGCCGCUGCCAAGGCCGAGAAGUGGCUUAUGCCAAGUGAGGGAGGCUACUUGGAGGCUGAAGGUAUAGAGAAGACAUGGAGGAUCAGACAGGAAGCCAUUUCCCGUGAAGUAGAUAUCUCAAGCUCGAGAAAUCAGUUUGAUAUUACUUUGCCAGAUCUUGGUCCUUACACAAUGGAUUUUACCUCAAGUGGUCGUUAUAUGACUUUUGGUGGAAGGAAAGGCCACCUGGGCAUUGUAGAUAUGAAAAAUAUGGAUCUAAUUAAGGAGAUUCAGGUGAGAGAAACAGUGCGUGAUGUGGUGUUCUUGCAUAAUGAACUGUUCUUUGCCGCAGCCCAGAAAAAUUAUCCGUAUAUUUAUAAUCGGGAUGGCACAGAACUUCACUGCUUAAAGGAACAUGGCGCGGUCUUAAGGCUUCAGUUUCUGAAAAACCACUUCCUCUUGGCAUCAAUAAACAAAUCUGGGCAGCUUCAUUAUCAGGAUGUAACUAUGGGCCAGAUGGUAGGUAAUCAUAGGACCGGCUUAGGCCGUACCGACGUGAUGCGGGUGAAUCCCUUCAAUGGUGUUGUUGCUUUGGGUCAUUCAUUAGGUACAGUUAGCAUGUGGAAGCCUACAAGUUCUGCGCCUCUUCUCAAGGUUCUGUGUCACCGGGGGCCAAUCUCAGCGUUGGCAUUCCACCCCAAUGGCCAUCUCAUGGCCACAGCUGGAAAAGAGAAGAAAAUUAAAAUCUGGGACUUGAGGAAACUCGACUAUGAACUCCAAAAUAUACCCGGCCACGCUAAUACCUUGGAUUUCAGUCAGAAAGGUUUGCUUGCCUGCGGAACCAGAUCGUCUGUCCAGAUUCUGGGCGAUUUAUCGGGAGCUCAAAACUAUAGCAGAUACAUGAAUCAUUCCAUGGUGAAAGGUUAUCAGAUAGGAAAAGUGGUGUUUAGACCAUAUGAAGAUGUUCUGGCCAUAGGACACUCAAUGGGAUGGUCGAGCAUUCUUAUUCCAGGUUCCGGGGAGCCCAACUUUGAUUCUUGGGUGGCAAAUCCAUUCGAGACAUCUAAACAACGGAGAGAGAAGGAAGUACGCUCACUUCUCGACAAGCUGCCUCCUGAAACAAUCAUGUUGGAUCCCACAAAGAUUGGCACGGUGAGGCCAGCGAAGAAGAAAGAGAAGCCAACGAAGCAGGAGAGAGAGGCCGAGAUGGAAGCAGCCAUUGAAGACGCCAAGGACAUCGACUUCAAGAGGAAAACAAAGGGAAGGAAUAAACCGAGUAAGAGGGUGAAGAAGAUGCAGGAGACGGUAGCCAAAGCUAAGAGACCUUUCUUGGAGCAAAAUAUGGAGGAAGAAGAACUGUUGGCCAGAAAGAAGCAGAAAACAAGUGAAGUCGUCGAGCUACCGGUUUCUUUGCAACGGUUUGCUAAAAAGAAAACAUUAACAUGACCACAAAUUCAGUGUUUUCUUGAUAUCUUGUCAUUUAUUUACCUUUCGGUAUUCCUCAAUUUUGUGGUUUUUAGAAGGUAGAAUGUAUUCCAAAAUUUUGUUUUUUUCUCGACAGCAAGGAAAUUUGAGUACGAGAGUAACCUUCGAAAACAAAAAUGAGUAUGAGCCAGAAAAGUGGUGGCUUUUGUCUCCUUUUUAACUCCUGUCUAUGAAUUCUUAUAA